GCGCAGCCCGCAGGCCACGGGUGCCCCACGCUGGACUGGCGGGGCGGGGCCAGGGCGCGGUCUCCCGGGUGACGCCAAACGGAGGAGGUGGGCUGGGCGGGGUUCCGGCUCCCUGGCUCCAUGGCCGGGAGCGGCUGUCCCCGAGCAUCUUCCCGGAGCGAAGCUGAAGAGAAUGCGCCAGCGGGCUUUGGCGGUGACCUGAGCCUCAAUGAGGGGCUGCGGCGCACCAAAGCUCAGCCUCGGGAGUUUCCAUCGCUGUGGGAGACGGUGCAAGAGCAAGUUCCGCUCCCGGAGCGGCCUGAAGUGAAGAGGAUUCUGGGGGAGGCUGCGGUGGACCUGAGCCUGGAGCUGCGGGCGGAGGUGGCGGCGCUACGGGCACUGCUCCGAGAGGCCUGGUCCACCCAAGUCCCCAGCUCCCACGGCCUCUCCGAUCCCUCCUCCCUUCUGGCACCACCACCCCACCUAAGGGACCUUAUACGCCAGGAACUCCGGCAGUUGCUCCAAGGUCUCCGCCAAAAGGCCAUUCGCGAGGGAAGGGACCAGGCUGAGGCAUGGGCCCAUUAUAGCCCUAGGGUCCUUCACUUUGCCUUGGAGGAGUCCAGGCCGGAUUUGCCAGAACAGAGAUUCCAGAAGACAGCUGGUGAACCCAGCAGCAGUCACUGGGACCUCAGUGUCAUUAAGGACCAGCUGCGUGUGUCCCUCAUUGACCAAGUUGCUGGACAGCUGAGGGGCCUCCUGGAGGAGGAAUGUCGCACCUUGGAGAGGGAGAUCUCCAACCUGCAGGCUGCUGGGCCACUGACCCUCCUCUUCCUGCAGCACUGCCUAGAAGUGGAGUACACUCAGGCUCCUCAGUCUUCCAAGGCAGCCACUGAGCCCACCCUGGCAGAGCUAAAGGAACAAAAGAAAGCCAUGGAACAGGAGCUGCAGGCCCCUCUGGGACCUUCCUGUGUCUCCAGCAAACAGAGGCAACAGCCCUUGGAUCUUAGACCCUUUCCUUGCCUCCAAGGGGCUGCUGGAACUUGGGCCAGACCUCCCCAAGGCUACCUACCUACACCUCCUUUGGAGAAGCGCCCCCAGCAUAGAGGCCGGGCCUCCAUCCACUGCUGGGGACGGCAGAUUCGGUGCAGCCCCAGGGAAAGGUCAGCUCCCUCAGCAGUGUCCAGUGCUGCACAUCAGGCCUCAACCUGAAGUAGGCUUCUGUUUCUGCUGAAACUUGCCUCAUCUGCUGCUGCUACCUCUUAGCUGCCAUGGCUCUGCCAGCUUCAGGUCCAGUCCGGUGUGAGCUCUCAACAGAACCUAAAGGCUGUUUGGAUGUCUGAUCCUUGCCCGCCACCUUGUCAGUCCCUCAUUCUAGGGCUGAGUGUCCAGAUAUCUGUCAAAGCCUUCAGCCUUUCUCCUCCCAGCCCACCACAAAUGCUUGGCUCACGGAGAUCCCAUCCCAGUCCUGACUUUUGUCCCCCAGGGGACCCAGACAAAGCACAGCAGCAGCUCAGACAGGAAUAGAAAUUUCAUUAAAAUCUAUGGACUUUAAAA